AUGGCUGAUAAAGAGAAUCCUAUAGUUUUUUUUGACAUCUCCAUCGGUGGUCAACCGGCUGGUCGCAUGAAAAUGGAACUUUUUGCGGACGUGGUUCCAAAAACGGCCGAAAAUUUUAGACAGUUUUGCACAGGUGAAUAUAAGAAAAACGGUGUUCCUCAAGGGUACAAGUCAGCGACUUUUCAUAGGGUUAUCAAAGACUUUAUGGUUCAAGGUGGAGACUUCGUAAAGGGCGAUGGAACAGGUUCGAGUAGCAUAUAUGGGGAAAAGUUUCUGGACGAAAAUUUUGACAUCAAACACACAGGUCCUGGACUGCUUUCAAUGGCAAAUAGCGGUCAAAAUACAAACGGAUGUCAGUUUUUCAUUACGUGCGCCAAGUGUGAUUUUUUGGAUGGAAAACAUGUCGUCUUUGGAAAACUCAUUGAUGGAUUAUUGACACUAAGAAAAAUUGAAAAUGUUUCCACGGGACCUGGGAACAGACCAAAAUUGCCAGUGGUCAUUACCGAAUGUGGACAGUAUUAG